GUUCGAGUCUGGCCUGGGAAGAGUCCCGCGGGUUAUGCAGGCUGCAAAAGAAGCCGGCUUGGAGUCUGCCGGUUCCCAGUGCCCCAAAGACAUUCCAGGCAGGAACUACCGGCAAAGAUGCCGCUCAGCAAGCCCUCUUGGGACCAGGACCCGGAGCGAGGCUUUGGGACAGCGUUUGGACGACUUCUCAGCAACCGGCAGUGCUGAAGCCGGGCUCCGGGCUGGGCGGGCAUCCUAGCAGAGCCACCUGCGGCCAUCCCUUUCCCGUUCCCAGCAGCAGCUGACCAAGGGUGGCCAUCGUCUGCCCCCUCUUCUUCAUGGCCUGGCAACUUGUGGGGAGAGCGGAUGCCCCCCCUCCCGAGCUGCGGGGGGCACUGAGGAGGAAGCUGCCUUCCCCGUUUGGGGUCAGGGCCCACACAGCACUCACGCCUCUCUGGAAAGGAUGCCACGAGGGCCGCCGGGCUGCUGGGAGCGCGGAGGCGACAACUCACAACAACUUGUUUGUUCUGGCUUGGGCCGCUUGCCUAGCUGACGACAUAUCCUGAAGGCAACGAGACUGGCACCUCCGCCACCAGGGCGGGCAGAUCCCCGGCGCUCUGGAGGAGAGCUGGGAGCUGGCCUCUCUCCUCUGCCAGCGAAGGGAGGACCGGGAACCCAGGCAGCCCUGCCAUGCCCUGUGGACGCCAGCAAGGGCAAGCUCCUGGCAUGGGCGUCUCAGGACCAUCCGCUCCGGUGGGAGAGACCUGAAUAACCAGACGCCUACCCUGCAAGGAAAGCUUACCGGGUUCACAGUGCGCGCACGGGUGUGUGUGUGGGGGGGGGGGGGAGGAGGAGACAUGGAUUCUCGCCAGCAGCCUCAACGCUUGCAGUUCCACCAUGGUUUCUGGUAACUUGCCUGUCCUGGCGAUUCUGCUCAUGCCACUUGUCCUCUGGGGAUCUGAAGGCCCCUGGGCGGCUACUCCGGGACGUGCCGACGGAACCGGCAAACAUGACCCUAAGCAGGUCCCAGUCCAGUCACUCCAAAGCAUCCUCUUAAGACGCUUGGGCUUGCAAAGGCGUCCGGAGCCAAAGCCGGGGCUGGUGGUCCCCCAGUACCUGCUGGAUUUAUACCACUUCUACUUGGGAAAGGCGCCCUCCUCCCACACAGACUCUGCGCCCCCCUUCCUGGAGGACCAAGCAGGACAAGGCAACACUGUGCGCACGUUCCAUCAUCUUGAGGACCUGGAGCACAACUCGGAGGCAGCAGGAAGUCCAUUCUACUUCCUGUUCAACCUCACUUUGCUGCCAGCAGAGGAGGAGCUGACGGCCCUUGAGCUGCGUCUCUACCACACGCACAAGGAGAGCCAGGGAUUUCACGUCAACGUCUACUCCAUGAUGGACCCCCCACCCUUGUCCGGAGACAAGAGCAGACUCCUUGCUCGUAAAUUCCUGCCUCUGAACCAGCCCAGGUGGGAGAGCUUUGAUGUGACGGCUGCUUUCACGGGGGCCCGGGGCCCAAAGUGGCCCUGCCUGGGGUUUCUCGUCGAGGUGGAGCACCCAAAUGGUAGUCAUGAGCUUCACCACCACCCAGGCUCCCUUCGAGCAAGACGGUCUCCAGGUGAGGAGGCGGCACAGUGGGCUCUAGAAAGACCUCUGCUGGUCGCCUACAGCCAUGACCGAAGGGGGCAGCCUUUGACCCGCGGAAAGAGGCAAAGCCGGAGCCAGCCGGGGGGCCUGAACCAGAAAGGGGGUAGGAGAGCCACCAAAGUUCCAGCCCCCAGGAGCAAACACAAGAGCUUGAAAACCAAGGCCAAAGCCAGCACAAAGUGCAGAAGGCACCGUCUUUUUGUGGACUUCAAGGAGGUUGGGUGGAACGACUGGAUAGUUGCUCCCAGCGGUUACCAUGCCUUCUACUGCUCUGGGGAGUGCCGGUUUCCGCUGGCCGACCACAUGAACUCCUCCAGCCAUGCAGUGGUGCAGACCAUGUUGAAUUCGGUCAAUUCCAGAGUCCCCAAGGCAUGCUGCGUCCCAACAGACCUCAGCCCCAUCACUAUGCUCUACCUGGAUCAACAUGACAUGGUGGUCCUUAAGACCUACCAGGAUAUGGUGGUGGAGGGCUGUGGGUGCCGGUAGAAGGGACGGAGUCGGAGUUCUCCUCUCAGUCCUAAAAUUUGGGGUUGCCCAAUGACAUGGACUGCCAAUUGGCUCAGGACUCUCCUAUGCACUUCUUCAUACACGGCAUAGUUAAUUUAUGGGAUUGAGUGCCACCAAGGCAGUGACGGUCACAAGCCUACAUGGCUCAGUUGUUAGCUGCGAGAGCUAAAGGGGACUAUGUUAUACCUCCAAACGCCAGACACUGGGGGCAUAAACACACCCCAUGCCCUACCUGGGAGUGCCCAGAAACAUCUUGCUGGCCCCUGCUGGCAGUGCAACAACAGAAAAGAUGGAUCAUGACAGGUUCCAGUGAAGGGAUUCUAAUGAAUUACUCAGUCUCUAUAUGCCAUAUUUCAAAGAACUGCUGAUCUCCUUUUAAAGUGCAAUAACUUCUGGGUGAACAAUAAAUGAAAUGAAACAUUGA